AUGCGGUGGUUUUUAAUCAGUGCACUGGCACUGAUAGGUGCUGUCCAAGGUCAAGAUCUUCAAGAAACAUGCCUCUCUGUUGAUCCUGAGCCAUACUUGAUGUUUGGGACGAAGACUGCAUAUGCUUUCUCCAAUAGGGGCGUUCCAGUUACCAGAACACACGAAGUUCCCGGUUGCCAACCAGUUGCAAUUUGGUUGCUGAAUCGUCAUGGCUCACACAACCCUGAGGCAGAUGAAAUGUCUGAGUUACAGAAGCUUGUUGACUUCAAGAACAACAUUAUUGCAAACUACAGGAAUGGGAACUUUAGGAAUACCAACCAACGCAUGUGCGCAGCUGACGUUAAUCUUUUAGAACGUUGGGAGUGGAAUCCUCGUCAGAACGCAAGUUACGCCGGAGAUUUGACCACAGACGGCUACAUGUCAACUCAGCAGUUGGCUCAAGCCUGGAGAUCGAAGUACCCUGGGCUUUUCUCUGACAACAGAUACGAUUACUUGUUUAAAUAUGUCAACGAUCAACGUUCAAGUACAACUUUCCGUGCCUUCACGGAAGGAUUGUUCAAAGACCAAGCAGAAGGCAUGGACGUGCCAAAGGAAAGUGACGAAAAAUUACUCAGGCCAUACAAAUUCUGCCCAGCUUGGACUAGAGAUGUAGAGGAGAAUAAUGAAACGCUCUCACAACUUCGCACUUUUGAAUCCAAACAGGAAUACAAAGAGAUGAUAAGCAAUAUAUCACUGCGUCUAGGUUUCACUUACGACGUAAAUCUGGAAACAGUCCUAAGCAUGUACGAUAUGUGCCGGUAUAACAAGGCCUGGGAAAUUGAGAAAAUAUCUCCUUGGUGUGCUGUUUUCACAAAAGAAGACAUCAAACGCCUAGAAUACUCAGAGGAUUUGGAAACUUACUAUAAGUAUGGCUACGGGACGCCAAUGAAUCAAAAAAUAGGAUGUACAGCAGUUAAGGACAUGAUGGAUUUCUUUAAAAUUCACUUGGAUCAAGAAACCCCUCAACAACCCAAAGCAAUGGUCCACUUCACUGAAGCAGAGAUGAUCCUAUUGACACUAUCAGCGUUGAACGGGUACAGAGAUAUAGCGCCUCUCACUGGGGACAACUACCACACCCAAACUGCGCGGGAGCGUCGUUGGAGCUCAUCUAACAUGUCGCCAUUCAAUGCAAAUAUCGCGGCUGUGCUGUAUAAGUGUAUCCCAAACAAUAACUUGAAAAUCAGGGAGCCCUACCAAGUACUCUUCCUCUCAAACGAACGUACACUCUACCUAGAGGGUUGUAACGUGGGUCUUUGCGAUUGGAGCUUUGUGAAAACACGAUUGGGUCUCGUGGCCGAUAAUUGUGAAUUGGGUUUCUGCAAUGGCGCCAAAAAUAUUAACGGUUUUGUAGGUCUCACUAUCGCCCUCGUUGCUUUUUGUUCAAAGUUUAUCUCAUAA